UUGACACUGGACUCUCCACGGUUCGGCACGUUGAGCGAGGUGCCUGAAGAGGGCCCGCUCACCCCCGGCGCGAGAUCGCCCUACUUUCACCAUUCCGUAACGGGCUCGGCUACGACUUUCAAGGCGGCAACUAGCACGACCAGCCUCGCGAGCGCCGCCUCGUCGUCCAGGACUCCAUCGGGCGCACGCACCCCAGUGAGCCUUGUACGGUCAGCUACGGCAAGAUCGACGAGCGGGGACACUCUGAGUUUGAGCGGGGUGGUUACGCCCAAGCGACGAUCCCGCUCCCCGGCGUCCGUGGCGGCGAAGGAGAAGGGCCGCGAGAAGGAAAAGGAUGGCUCCCCUCGAGAACGCAGCCAGAGUGGAAGGGAACGCGAGGGACGGGAGCCGCGGGAGGGGCGGGAGCCACGGGAAGGACGGGAGAGGCGCGACGGCAAAGGGGGGAAGAACGUGCCUCCGACGCACAAGAUUCGCAACACGCCGCACCUGCCGCACGGAAAGGACGUUGAGCUCGCCCCGGCGACGCUCAUGCACUGGAGCUGCGCGCCGGUGUACGGGCACAUGCCGCUGCAUGGUCUGCGGGCGCAUAGUAUCACGCUGAUCGACAGCAUGGCGUGGCUCUUUGGCGGGUGCGAUGACAAGACGUGUUGGAAGGAUGUGUUCUGCUUUAACACAGAGACGAUGCAGUGGACGCACCCGAAUGUCACUGGGGUCGUACCCAAACCGUGUCGUGCGCACACCGCAACGCUCGUCGAUCGGAAACUGUUCGUGUUCGGAGGCGGCGAGAGCGCGGAUUACUACAACGACGUCUACGUGCUCGACACCGUUAUGCGAACAUGGUACCACCCGCUGGACAGCAGUAUCGCGGAGGCGGAACGACCCUGUGUCUUCCCCCCGCCGCGUCGCGCGCACACAUCCGUGCUAUACAAGAAUAAGCUCUGGAUCUUCGGAGGCGGCAACGGGAGCAUGGCGCUCAACGACGUGUGGACGCUCGAUCUCAGCGGCGGCAUCGACAACCUGCGCUGGGAACAGAUGGAGACGAGAGGAAAGAAGCCUUUACCUCGAGGCUAUCAUACCGCCAACCUGAUCGGGAACGUCAUGGUCAUUGUCGGGGGAAGUGACGGUCGGGAGUGUUUCUCCGACAUAUGGUGCCUUAACCUUGAUACCCUCUUGUGGAGCCUCGUCAAGCUCGGAGAGAACCACAAGCGACUCUCGCACAGUGCAACGCAGGUCGGUUCGUAUCUCUUCAUAUGCGGCGGGCACGACGGCGCGAACUUCAUGCAAGACCUGCUCCUCUUCAACCUUGUCUCGCUGCAGUACGAGCCUCGGCAGAUCGCCGGCAAGUGCCCCAGUGCGCGCGGAUAUCACGCCGCGUGCCUCGCCGACAGUCGUCUCUUCAUAUUCGGCGGCUUCAACGGAAACGAAGUGUUCGAGGACGUGCAUGUCCUCGACCUCGCCGGCGCGGCGUACCUUCCGCAGGUCACCAGCUUCCGCAUCGACGUCGAGUGAUCCUCUUACGUCUCCGCCCGUCCCUCCCUCCGCCCUUGCUAUCGCCCAUGGAGUUAUUGCAACCCUCCUUUCGUUCUUCACUCGACUCCCCGGGCCAGUACACGCUCGUGUCCCCCGCCCGUCUUGCUCCAUCUAUUCCCCCAUCUU